CAGCUACGAAGAACCAUGAAUGAAAGGCGCGGGAGUGUAGGACGGAAGCGACCUCACAAACUAGACAUCAGAGCUGGGUGCAUGAGCUGAGUACGCUCAGAGACGGUGUUUUGGAAUGACAACAUGCACAAGCUGAACAGGCUUCGAUUGUGGUGCGUAUGCAAACGAAUCGGGCAGAAGGAAGAGACUUGUCGGUCAGUAAACGGCCACUAUCGGCAGACUGCGACUCAUAAGGAGCUUGUUCUCCUCCUUGAGGAUGUAUCACUUCAGUAAGCCGCAUCCUGGGCAGUGAUGGUGAGGGCGAAGGCGGGAUCCGAGUGACAAAGGCGAGUCUACCCAUAAGCCUUGGAAAGAGUGAUGAGUGACAAAAGGUCAAACGGAAGGAAUUUCUGCUCUAUAUAAGUUCGAACUUCAUGUUUUGUGUACAGCACUGAUUCCAGGUUUUCUGCCUCACACAACAACCACUUUCACAAUAUCAAUAUUCCUGAAUGCACACAUUCUUUUCAAAUUCCACACUCUUUCCAAAUCAAACCGGGCCCUACAGCUUCCAAAAUCGUCGCACGAGAUGGCGCGCCCUUCCUUCUUUCUGCCAUUUCUGGCUCUGACAUUCUUUCACGCGCUCGCCGCAACCUCAGACAACGUCUACACUGUGGCAGGCAACGAAUGGAGCACUGGCAUUGCGUACAGAUGUGGUGUUUCCUUCGAAGACCUACAGAAAGCCAACCCUACCAUCGACAGUGCUGGAUGGGACAAUUUAAACCCCUCACAAAUCCUCCAAUUGCCAUCCGGCGCCAGUUGUCCAGAUCAGAGCGCCUUGUGGUCGAAGUAUGCUUCGGCAUGGGGCCCUUCUGACUUUGCUACCGCUACCAAGACGAUUCCGGCUACAUUUGUCACUGCGAUCUCAAAAUUGGCCGCUCGAGGCACCAACGAUACAAAUGGAGAAAUAUCAUAUACCGUCGUGCCUGGAGAUACCGCCUACAACAUCGCGUCCCAUUUUGGGAUUCCCUUGCAGGUUUUGGAAGCUGCAAACACUGGCGCCAAGGUUGGCAGUUGGGAUGUUCUGCAACCUGGCCUUGUCUUGAAAAUUCCCUCCGCGAACAAUGCUACUUCUACAACGCAGACUGCUGGGAUUGCAUCAUCAAGUCCGCCACCCGAUGGAGGCACAGUGUAUACGGUCGAGGUUGGUGAUACUGCUUCCAGCAUUGCGAGUCGAUUUGGCAUCUCCGUGCAGGCCUUGGAAGCUGCAAAUACCAAUGCUGGGGUCGCCAAUUGGGAUCUUCUACAACCUGCUGUCAUUUUGAGAAUCCCGGGGGUGGCACACGAUGCUGUACCCAAGCCAAAAACUUCCAUUGGAAGUACAACCACUAGUCCAGCGCCUCCCUCUGGGCCUCCUCCUGCACCGACAUCCAGUGCUCCACCACCAGCGCCUGCUGCUUCACAUGUUUGGACUGUUGCUUCGGUCGACAGCGGCAACGGUAUCGCUUCAAAAGUAGGCAUUCCGUUCGGCGAAAUCUCGACGGCCAAUCCUACCGUCGUCUGGACAAUGCUUUCAAUUGGCCAGACACUUCAACUUCCAGCUGCGCCAGCUGCGACAUCUGUAACAAUGUCAGAACUUACAACCAGUACACGAUCGACCCAGGUGUCUCCAUCGCCUGAUUCAGCUGCAUCCCCAUCCAGCAACGAGCAGCCACCUCCAUCUCCAGCCACUGCCUCGUCCUUCUGGACUGUAGCUCCAGGGGAUACAGGUAAUGGUAUUGCUUCGAGAGCGAGCAUACCGUUCGCUGAGCUUUCCUCAGCCAACCCCGCCGCGAUCUGGACGCUGCUCACGGCUGAUCAGAUCAUUACUCUUCCACCCGUCUCGGCAACUCCGACGCAGUCUUCUGAGAUCGCAAACUCUACACCCAUCGAACCUCCCCUCUUUCAGGCUGCUGGACCUGUAGACAUCGAUACAGUCCUUUCGAAGGUGUCAGGUGAAUUGGCUGUGAAGCAGUUGGACCUGGAAACAGGCAGCACAGACGCACAGACGCAGUACACUUUCUACACCGGCAAUGGAUCUGCUGAGAAUGGCUGGCCAUCGAUGUCCGACUGGCUUUCGUUCGACGCCAUGUACGAGAAUGCAAUGCCGUACAUCGGCCAGAAAUGUGUCGGAAAUGUCGUUGGCAACUCCCCCAACGAGACCGAUCAGCUCCAUGAUUCCAUCAUCAAAGUCGGCAAUAACACUGAAAUGGACCCGCGGUUCAUCCUCGCCGUUGUUAUGCAAGAAUCAAACGGCUGUGUGAGAAGCAUCUCCACCGCCGGCGACGUUACCAAUCCAGGACUGAUGCAAAGUUACGAGGGCAAAGGAUCCUGUGACAUGGGCGGCCUCCAGGUUUCUCCCUGUCCAGAUUCCAUCAUUCGUCAAAUGAUAGCGGAUGGUACAGGGGCCCAGAUAAGCGGACCGACGCUGGUUAAUGCAUUGAACCAGGCUCAGAAUAUGGAUGAUUGUGAGCCUGCGCAAGCGUUCUAUCGCGCUGCGAGGUUCUACAACUCUGGACCAAAUAGCCUGCCAGCAAAUGGAGAUCUGGGUGGCAGCCCAGGGACUACACUUUGCUACUGCAGUGACAUUGCAAACCGGCUGGUGGGAUGGGUGAGCAGUCCGACCCGGUGUCACUUGGAUGACGAGUCAUGAUAACACGCAUGGUGGAAUGGAAUGAUUCGAACGACUGUGGACGUGUUAUGACGAGAAAUGGUGACCCACGAAUGAUCUGUUUGCUGUGGUUUGUGAUCUUGAUGGACAUUGAAGGCGUUAUGGACCUUGCAGACUGAGUCAGUAUUUGUCCAUAUAUGCGACGAGAGCAUAGGACUGGAGUGUCCUCUUUCUUAGCUUAGAAGACAUCAAUGACGACCACCAU